CUGGGUGCCCCCUGUCAGCACGAUAUGGACUGUACCGACAGCAUCCGCGGCAGCUACUGUACCCUGGAAGGUUUCUGCGAGUGUUCUCCGUUCUACGUGCGGCUCAACGAGACCAAAUGUUUACCAUCCCAACUACUGGAAAGCGACUGCCAUCUAUCCGACCAGUGCUCCAUGCGUGUAGCGAACAGCCUCUGCGACGGAGGACGCUGCCGCUGCGAGGACGGCUUUCUUCAGUUCCGCAAACACACCUGUUUGUCACCUGCUCAACCGGGAACGGUAUGCUACAGUCAUGCACAUUGCCGCAUGUGGGACACCGAGAGCCACUGUGACUUUUUGAUUCCGAACCUGUUCGGACGCUGCCAGUGUACUUCUCCGGCUCGACAGGUGGGCCCCACGUGCGUCAAAGAACCCAUCGCCACCACAGAGCAGAAGCCGUCGGAAAUUGUUAAUUCUCAGCAGCAGCAACAGCAGCAGCAGCAACAACAACAACAACAAUAUCCGACGGAAAUUGAUCAAGUGUCAACCACUACGGAAGAUGAUGCAGUUGCUGUUGAGCAGAUUCUGAGACUGCAAAAUGCAACCGACCAUGAACAGCAGCUGGAAACCACCGAGCAAAACUCUCAGACGGAGGGCGAAUCGGAGGACCAGGAGAGUACGACGGCCAGCGGAAGCUACAUCGAUUCCAGCACCAGUGAAGAGACGAAUGAAUCAUACUACGAUUCCAGUAACGCCUCUCACACGCCGAAAUAUGAAAGUACAGAACAAUAUACUACCACCGAACAGGAACAGGAGACCGAAUCUAGCUUCCAGGAGCAAGACGAAUAUAAUUCAAGCCAAACCACAACCGAAAAUCCUUCCUAUGAAACAACAGAAUCCGAACCUUCUUCAUCGGAAUCGUCGAUCUCCGAGUCCACCGGUGAAAACUACGACUAUGACAGCACUAACCAGGGCGCGGAGGAAGAAGAACUUUAUCAGCCUCAGAUUCACCACCACGGUCCUGUGGAACUGAUAGAAAAGCAUAAUCGUAUUUCCGAUGAUAAUCACUCCAAUCUAAUAGAAGGUGAGGGUGAAACCACUCCCAGAUCAAGUCAAGAAUCAUACGAAGGUGAAAACAAUAGUGUAGUAGCGACAACGGAAAUCCAUGGAGUUAAACAAGGCGACAACACCAGGUAUGAAACCACACAAAUCACUGAUCCUCACCAGCAAUCCGACAGAUACGAAACGGAGAACGAAGUCGAUGGAACGGUUUUCGAACACACCACUGCCACUCUAGUAAGGCUGGCGAGCAGGACAACCGUCAUCGAACCAGAUGCACCCAUCUCCACUACGGUGGCCUCACUCAUCGCCGAAGCAGAACUGGAAACCACAACCAUCGGAAAGAGACGCUUUCCGAGCACUACCCCCGCUGGCAGCUCUACUACUACUACUGCGUACUCUAGUACGACAGCAGUUUCCAAUGAAUCAAAUGUAGAGAGCAGCAUAAGAGUAAAGCAUCAAGGCAUCCGGACACGUGUUGAUCUUGGCGAUGGGCCAGUUUCGCUCGGACUGACGUGCAUCAACAACCGACAGUGCCAGCUGGCCGAUCCUUACACGUACUGCAACGAGCUCGGACGAUGUGAUUGCGCUCAUCCGCAGCCGGCUGGACUGCGGGAACAUGUUUGCAACGGUGCCAAUACCGGUUGCGCCCCCGGCACGUUUCAGUGUCGCUCGAGCGGAAUUUGCAUCAGCUGGUUCUUCGUGUGCGACGGCCGUCCGGAUUGCAGCGACGCAUCGGACGAAGAAUGCAAUUUCUCGCUGCAAUCGAACAUCACCAACUGCCCGGAUCUAUCGUUCCGAUGCUACCGUAGCGGGCGCUGCAUUUCGCGAGCCGGAAUCUGUGACGGCAAGAUUCAGUGCCCACAGGGCGAGGACGAGGUGGGUUGCGAUUUCCGAAAAUCGCGCAAAUGCCCGGAAAAUACCUUCAUGUGCCGCAGCGGCGAAUGUCUGCCGGAGUACGAGUAUUGCAACGCCAUCGUGACCUGCCGGGAUGGAAGCGAUGAACCGCCGCAUCUGUGCGGGUCCCGCGCGGUGCCGAAUUUCUUCGUGAAACUAUUCUCCGGACCCAGCAUCCGCACCCGAAGCUAUUGUCCGAUGCGAUGCGGCAACGGAAAUUGCCGUUCCACGGCUAUUGUGUGCUCCGGACGGGACGGGUGCGGCGACGGCAGCGACGAGGAGAACUGCUCCGUGUGUCGUUGUCCGGCCCCGCCGGCUGGGGAAACGGCCUCGCCCGGUGACCUGGAAGUGUUCAACAGCAGCAGGUCCAAGCAGCGGAGUCGCACUGGGCGCAUCACUGACAAUUGGCAGCAAUAG